AUGCCGACUACACCCGAGGAGAUUCUUGCAGACACUGUCCUCCACAACGUCAAAAGCAAUGUCUACCCCGAUUCUGACAAUAUUACAUCUGCCAAUAUAUCGCCUUCUGCCUUAAACACGUUAUUGGCUGGGCUAUCCCACGCACAGGAGAGUAUAAGAGAUGAAGUUAGAAUCCUAGGCCACGGCGCCGCUCCUGAUAUCGAUGGUUGGAUCAAACAAGCCAAGCAAUUACAAGCAGACAUCGAGCGUUCGAAGGCAACCGCCCGCGAUAUAGUGAAGGAGGCUGAGAUUGCCAAAGAUCUCCACAGUAGGGUCCAAGGCGCCGUAAGGAAGGUUGUCAUGUUAGAGAAUGAGUUGGUAUUUAACGAGUCGCUUGCCGGAACAAUAGAACAUGCAGUGAUCAUCACCGGCACGCUGCAAACGGCGAAAGAUGCCAUAGAUCAAAAUCAGAUUUCUGUCGCAUUGGAGAACGUACAAAAAGCAGAAAUGGGUUUGAGUCGUUUGCGUACAUUAGACAACACCAGAGCGUUUGGUAUUCUUCAGAAACAAGUCGAACAGCUCAAGUCACGCGUCAUUGAUAUCUUGAAUGAUUGCUGGAAAGAGCUCAUUGUAGUCGAUCCUUCGCAGAAAUUCAUGACUAUCAAGAAGGAGAUCAAACGACAGAGCAUCAUCACCAUUGAUGACGCUGUUAAGGCAAUGAUGUCCCUGGAUCUCUUAGACACCGCAAUCGAUCGAUUGUCGAAGGACCUAGACAAAAUCGUCUUUGCACCUCGGUUGUCUUAUGACGCGACACACCAGCCGUACACAAUCUCUAUACGUGACAACAACAUCAUUGUAUCGGAAAAGAAGCCAAAUCCUACCGUUUCAAACACUUUGGCAGACGUCAGUCUGAUUGUGGAAUAUCUGAACGCACGAUUUCCAACUACGAUCAGUCUUCCUCUAUCGGCCAAACUUCUACCGCUGAUCACAGCCCGCCUGGUAUCAGGCUGGCUAGAAAGCUCCAUACCAGUAUCCCUACAAGAUAUCCCUAUGUUCCAGGGUACGGUAGCGCAUCUUCAAGGCCUGAUUGAAAGGCUCCAAGCCUUAAACUGGGGUGGCGCGGACCAGCUGGCCGCAUGGGUGAAUGAGAUUCCAGCAUUAUGGCUAGCCAAACGAAAAGAGGUCGCAUUGGCCAGUAUCAGAAAGUUGUGUAAGAACGGUGUCACCAGCAAACGUGCUGUGGAGCGUGCGGAAACGCAGAUUAUAUCUGGUAUAGCCACGAAUACAUCUCCUGCUGCUCAGAAAGAUGAGGAUGACUGGGGUGCUGAAUGGGGUGAUUAUGAGGACAGAAAUGGCCAAAGCGAAUUUGAGCCCUCUUCUGCAGCUGAACAAAGCAACAAAGAUGAGGAUGCAAGUUCAUGGGACUGGCACAAGGACAACCGUAUGGAGGACAAGGAAGCGGUGCCUAAAUAUGAGACAGAAGCCGACGCAGAGGAUGACGAAGCUGAAGCUUGGGGCUGGGGUGAUGAUGACGCCGACGAAAAGUCGUGUGAUGCCUCUGCUGCCCCAACCAGCCCAGACAAGUCAAAGAGAGCCAUCGAAAUAAAAGGUCUUCAGCCAAGUGAUAUCCCGGAAGGACGAGAACUCACUCUCCGUGAAACAUACACCGUGACCGCCAUUCCAGACGCGAUUAUCGAUACGAUCGUUCACCUCGUCGCAGACGUUGAACAGCUCCACACACCCAGCUUCUCCGACUGUACCAUCGCGCCCGCCGCAAAGGCCCUUUACACGCUACCCUCCCUCAUACUCGCCAUGUAUCGCGCUGUUGCCGCGAGCUUCUAUUCCACCGAAGCAGGAAACAUGCUGAUCUAUAACGACUGCACUCGUCUCGCCGACCGUCUGCGUAUGUUUCUUUCGGAUCAGGCGACGAAGGACCGAACGUCCACUCUAUCACGUUCAGCACGUGCGUUCACCCAAUUAAAUUUGAAUAGCGAGAUCAAGGCAAUCGAAGGCUUUGGCAAACGUGCCUACGGUCGCGAAAUGAAGUCCCAGCGCACAAUAAUUUGUGACCUCCUUGACGGUGCUCAAGCCUUUAGUAAUUGCAGUGUGCAGCCAUAUAAGUCCGGAUGUGACAGUGCAGUCGCAAUCACCGUUGACCGCAUUCGAAAGAUCAAUAAGCAAUGGGUUGAGGUACUGUCACAUUCUGCGCGAUUACAGUCUCUUGGAUCUGUACUAUCUGCGGUGACGAGUAAGAUGAUAAUAGAUAUUGAAGACAUGAGCGACAUAUCUGAAGAAGAAUCACGAUGCUUACGACAUUAUUGUCAGGAGAUUGCAAAAGUAGGUGAUAUCUUCGGCCCAGAAAGCCCAAAGGCGGAGGCGCGAAAAGACCUGACUGGCAUAUAUACUCCGAAUUGGCUUAAGUUCCAGUACCUGUCUGAGAUCUUGGAUAGUUCGCUGGCAGACAUCAAAUUUCUAUGGUCUGAUGGAGAGCUCAAGUUCGAAUUUGAAGCCGAUGAGGUCAUCGAUCUGAUCAAAGCCCUUUUCUCUGAAAGCGAUCACAGGAGGCGAGCCGUAGCAGAGAUCAGGAAUAGUACAAAGUAG